AAAAAAGAUCCAGCUCAGUUUCUUCAGGUUCAUGGCCGAGCGUACAAGAUUCAUCUGGAUCCUGCUGUGGCCACGGCUGCAGAGAGCCCCAUCAACAUGAUGCCAUGGCAAGGAGAUGCCAACAACAUGAUUGACAGGUUUGAUGUAAGGGCUCAUCUAGACUACAUCCCUACAUACACUCCUCCACUGCUCAGCACAUCGAACCCAGAGCAGGACAUGGAGGAGAGGAAGUGCAAUUAUGAGCGAUACAGAGGCCUAGUGCAGAAUGACUUUGCCAACAUCUCUGAGGAGCAGUGUUUAUACCAGAUCUAUCUGGAUGAACUCUACGGUGGCCUGCAGAAACCAAAUGAGGACGAGAAGAAAAAACUGGCUGAAAAGAAAGCCACCAUUGGUUACACGUAUGAAGACAGCACUGUGAUGGAGCCCGACCCCCAGUCAGACAAAGAGGAGGAUGAUUCAGAAAACAGCGAAUCGGAAGAGGAUGAGGGCAUCCCAGAUAUUGAUGUGGAGGUUGACGUUGACGAGCUGAACGAGGAACAGGUGUUGGACGUAAACAAAAUGGCAACCCCAUACGGGAUGGCUGAAGGAGACUUUGUUAGGAUGUUGAGGAAAGACAAGGAGGAAGUGGAGGCCAUCAAACAUGCCAAAGCUCUGGAGGCGGAGAAGGCCAUGUACUCUGGCCGGCGUUCCCGCAGACAAAGGAGAGAGUUCAGAGAGAAGAGACUAAAAGGAAGACAGAUCAGCCCACCAAGCUAUGCCAGGAGAGACAGCCCAACAUACGAUCCCUAUAAACGGCCAGAGAUGGAGUCCAGCUCAGAGUCGCGGUCACGCUCUCGUUCUCCCGGUCCGGAGAAGAUCACCUUCAUCACCAGCUACGGAGGCAGCGAUGAUGAAGCAGUAGCGGCGGCGGCGGCAGCAGCGGCGGUGGCGGCUGCAGCGGCUGCAGCAGCAACACAAUCAGCUGCUCCCCACUCAGGACACGCCCCCUCCAGCUUGCAGCACCCUGCAGGUCAUAGCAGGGGCUCCCGGAGAAGAAGGUCAUCCUCCAGUCGCUCCCCCUCCUCCUCCUCCCGCUCCUCAUCGCGAUCCUCCUCCCGCUCUUCUUCCCGUUCCCGCCGCGGUCGACGUGGGCGCGGCGGGAGGGAUGGGCGGCGGUCCCGGAGCGAUGGGCGGCGAUCCCUGAGCCGAUCCCGGUCGAGGCGGCGUUCCAGAUCUCACUCACGAGGCAGAGCAGGGAACGGAGGGGCCGUGUCCUGGAAGAGGCGGGACCGGACACGAUCACGGUCCAACGACAGAGAGCGAGGGAGGGACAGAGACCGGGACCGGGACAGGGACAGGAGACGGUACUCAGCACGCAGGCGGACAAAGUCCCGUUCCAGCUCACGGCAGGGGGGCAGCUCGAGGCGAGGGGGGCGGAGCAGCGGGGGUCAUCGGAGGGCCGACAGCGGCAGCAAAAGCCCCUCCCGGUCCCCGAGUCGCUCCAACCGCACUCCCUCCCCUCACAGAGGAGCCCCGCCCUCUUCCAACACCAUCUGUGACAAGCUAAGAAAGCCUGAUACUCCGGGUGGUAAAGAGACGGGAGCUGCCAAAAACAAGAUGACCCCACAGGAGAAGCUGAAGAUCAAAAUGCAGAAGGCGCUCAACAGGCAGUUCUUUAGGCUGAAACACACUGUUAUCCUGCGUCUCUCCUCAUGGCUGUGUUUUUUUCUGCAGGAGCGAGAGGGAGAGCUACGAGCCAUGGCACGCAAGAUACGGAUGAAGGAGCGAGAGAGACGUGAGAAGGAGAGGGACGAAUGGGAGAGACAGUACGGGCGUCAGAGCCACUCGCCUUCCCCUUCCAAACAUGGCCGAGAGCACAGCUCACACAGAAGGAGGUCUCGGUCCCGGUCACAAAGUCCACCCUACCGAUACUGAGCGGAGGGAACAUGGACGCCUCCUACAGUCCCUUCAGUACACAUAUUCUAACAAACGGCCAACAAACGUGAAAAGAUGGAGUGGUCAUGAUACCAACCUUUACUUGAACACUCUGUCCUCUGGUAUGUGUCCACAGAUAUAAUAUUUGGACUGUGAUACCUUUUACUUUCAGUUAUCAAAGCCAAUUGGUUCAGCGGAACAGAGUUUGAUCUGCCCUUUUCAUUUUUGAUUCAACUUGUAAAAAGUCUUCAGCUUUAAUAAAUGAGUUUCUUCUUCUGCAUGCUCCUUUCUUCUUUCUCUGCCUGAACAGUUCUCAACUCGUCUGGAGUUGUUGAUUUGUAUUUCAAUGUACAUAAUAAGCAACAUCUCACCUUUUCACCUCACAUCGUCUCCACGUCAGCCUUAAUUUUUAUUUCUUCGACAAGCUCACACUACAGAACAUUUUAACAACCUCUCAAGAGCCGAUGUACAGGAUAUUUAUACUUAUCCAUUUAAAACGUCUUUAUUAAAGGAAACAAACUCCCUGUAUAAAGUCAAACUUUAUCCAGCACUCCUUUUAUACUCUGUCCUCUGCUAACCGGUUUACAGAAGCAUAUAGCCUUUUGGUUUUCAGCAAAAUGGAAUGUAAAAUAUGGAACAAUAAAUAAAACUCACUUUGAAACUA